GUACGCUGUACCAUCGACCCCCCUGGACUGUAUUGCAGGGGGAUGAUAUUGCUAACGACCCUGCGGCCUGCAGGGAGAUCUUGGGCGGUCUGGGGACCCCCUUUGAAGUUGAGCGGGCUCGUGCCGCACCGCGGGAGCUGCGUAUAAACCAGCUCUCGACCAUGUUGGUAGGGACUUCCAUUGUGGCUAAUGCCAUUUUGGAAGAUUAUAAGGUGCUGGGCCGCCGCGAGGAGGAGGCUGCUCGUAUGCGGGCGGAAGCCGAGAAGUUGGUCGAGGCUGCUCGUGCGGGUGCAGAGCAGCUUGAGAAGGGUAAAGCUGCUUUUGAGAAGCAGAAGCAGACCUCUGAGUGGGCUGCCACUGUCCAACUGAAACAGGUGCGUACCCUUGCUAAACUCCUUGCUGAUGAGCGUAAGCGUUGGGAGGAAAUUUCAUCCAACGAGCGCAAGAAGUGGAACGAAUCUUGGGCUAAGCAGAACAAUCUUCUGUUUCAUACUCGGCAGGAGCUAGCAAACGCCAAGGCGGCAAAUGUUGCCUUGGGCAAUGAAAAAGCUGCGGCUGAGGCCGCAGCAGCUAAAGCGCUGCAGGCAAAGGAUGAGGCCCUCAAGGCGCUUGAAGAGGCCAAAGCAGCCGGGGCUCGUGCCUCAAAGGCCCUUGAAGAGGCCGCGGAGAAGGAGAGCCGUUCUUCCAAGGCUCUGGAAGAGGUGAAUGCGGAGCGCAUUCGUUUGGAUAAGGUUGUUUCCAGCCUUCAGGCUGAGGUUCAGGCCCGGGCGGUUGCGGUUACGGACCUUACUGCCCGCGUGUCUGAUGCGGAGAAGCGAGCCGACGCUGCCGUUGAGGCCAAGGAUGUCUUGGUGUCCUCUUUUAACCAACUGGAAGCUGACCGUGAGUGGUUGCGGACUCACGGCAUUGCGCGUAUUGUCGAGGCUAUAAUGAAUGCCCCUGAGACCUCAUCUGGAUUGGACCUGGUCAAGGAACGUGCGCGCGAGGCUGGCUUCAAGGCUGGUUUUAACCGCUGUGAUUAUCCAACGUUGUUCACUAUACACUUGUAUCAUGGAGGGUAUUUUACUGAUCCUCCGGGACGAUUGUAUAAGAAUGAUGACCUAGAUUUCUUUGAUUUUCUUGACAGUGACAAGUUUGGGUUUGCAUAA